CUGGAUAAGAUCUUUUGAAAUGGCUUUUUGGACCAAAAGAGGAAGGUAAGAUUUAAAAAUUUUGCCAGACUACUGCACAGAAUUAUGAAACCUUCAAAUGAAUGUAUAACAAAAAGCUGAAGGAAAAUGGAUUAAUGUAAUUUAUCAGAAUGGUAGGAAGUAUCCCAUCUGCCUGAUAGAAAAGCGCCACCCAAGCUUAACAGACUUGUAUAGACAAGGGAGGGGAAAUUACUCUGUGUCAGGGGUCAUGACUGCUCCAACACAGGAAAUGAUAGAAAAAAAAAUAGCACUGAAAGCAGUUGCUCUCAGAACACAAUCAACUUAGUGAGACAGUGAGAUGAAGACUUUCAACAGAACGGAUGCAUUAGUUGAGCAUUUAUAGCCGUGUGGUUUGAGCAGUUGGUCUCCUGGUCAGAGCUUUAACAUGAACUUGCUUCCUCAAACUCACACAAAGGUCCUCGCUCUCAGAGGAGAGAUGUCACGCCGCGACCAACGCUGCAGAAGUCACUCAAGUGGCAGAAAAUGCUGUGAAUGCAGUGUGUCUCUGUCCCGCUGGUACUAUGAGAAAGAUGGACGUCUCUUCUGUAGGAAGGACUACUGGGCUAAGUUUGGGGAGUUGUGUCAUGGCUGCUCUGAGCCUAUCACCACUGGGCUCAUCAUGGUUGCAGGUGAGCAGAAGUAUCACCCGGAGUGUUUCACCUGCCUGAACUGCCGCACCUUCAUCGGAGAUGGAGACAACUACGCUCUGGUGGAGAGGUCCAAGCUCUACUGUGGACAUUGUUAUUAUGAGACCAUCGUGACCCCUGCGACCCUGCCUGAUUCUCCAUGCUCGCGAAUCCCUCACACAGUCACGCUGGUGUCUAUUCCAGCCUCCACAGAUGGAAAGCGUGGCUUCUCUCUUUCCAUCGAUCAGGGAAGCAGCCCAAACGGCUACACUACUGACUACAAUCACACAGUCCGCGUGUCCCAGGUGGAUUCUGAGUGCAUCAGUCCAGAUGUGAAGAAUGCCAUACAUGUUGGUGACCGUAUCCUGGAGAUUAAUGGCACCCCUAUCCGGAAUGUUCCACUUGAUGAGAUUGAUUUGCUCAUCCAAGAGACCAGUCGACUCCUGCAGCUCACCAUUGAGCAUGACCCCCUUGACUCUGACAACCCCAGCAGCUCGUUUGAGGAUCAAGUGGACGGACCGAGCCCACUUCCUGAGAGACACAGCCCGGUUCCACCAAUCACACAGCCACCGAAUCACGACAUCAACAACCUGCGCUCCCGCAUGAUCACGCGUAGCUACAGUAUUGAUAAGUCACCAUGCUCCAGUAAUUCUGUGUCACCCAUGUCUCUGAGGAAGGACAUUGGGCGCUCCGAGUCUCUUCGUGUCGUAACAAACCGCACACACAGAAUCUUCCGGCCAUCUGAUCUCAUCCACGGAGAAGUGCUCGGAAAGGGCUGCUACGGUCAGGCUAUUAAGGUGACCCACAGGGAGACGGGUGAGGUGAUGGUCAUGAAGGAGCUCAUUCGCUUUGAUGAUGAGACCCAGCGGACCUUCCUUAAGGAGGUAAAGGUAAUGAGAUGCCUGGACCACCCCAACGUCCUCAAGUUCAUCGGGGUCCUCUACAAAGACAAGCGGCUGAACUUCAUUGCCGAGUACAUCAAAGGAGGCACCCUGAGGGACAUCAUUAAGAAAAUGGACAGUAAUUAUCCCUGGAACCAGAGAGUGAGUUUUGCCAAGGAUAUUGCAUCUGGAAUGGCCUACCUACAUUCCAUGAACAUCAUCCACCGUGAUCUCAACUCUUACAACUGUUUGGUCAGAGAGAACAACAGUGUUGUGGUGGCAGACUUUGGUCUUGCUCGGCUAAUGGUAGAAGACAAGAACCAGGACAAACUGGGGAAGCUCCAGGGUGUGAAGAAACCAGACCGGAGGAAGAGAUACACGGUUGUGGGCAACCCUUACUGGAUGGCUCCAGAAAUGAUUCAUGGAAAGAGCUACGAUGAGAAGGUGGACAUCUUUUCCUUCGGCAUCAUGCUGUGCGAGAUUAUUGGGCGAGUCAAUGCAGAUCCAGACUACUUGCCACGAGCCAUAGACUUUGGCCUCAACGUGAACGGUUUCCUGGAGCACUAUUACCCUCCAGAUUGCCCCCGCUCUUUCUUCCCCCUGGCUGUCUUGUGCUGUGACCUGGAUCAUGAGAAACGGCCUGCUUUUGCAAAGCUGGAAGAAUGGCUUGAGAAGCUAAAGAUGCACUUGAAUAUGCGCUUCCUGCUGGUCUCAGAACUGGAGCAGAUCCAUCUAGACUUCUGGCAGAAGCAUCCACCUGUUGAGAACCAGCUGCCCACUCAUCGAGAGCAGCCCGAAUAGCCAAUCAGGAUCUGAUCUCAUGGUGUUCAUUCCCAACGUUGUGAAAAACCUGCUGCAUAAGGACGGCUUGGGCUUGGGCAUUGGUGCCAUUCCAUGCUAUUGGACUGGCAUUUGUUGAAGUUCUCACCAAACUGGAGGUUCACAGUAGGAUUUGGAGAGCACAGUCGAUGUGGAUUUGGUGGGUUUUGAUAACAACAUGGAAGAAUUCAUUUUCCUUCCUCCUGAAAUUCAGGGCAUCAUUCCUCUACUGUCACUUUAGCUUCUCAAGUGUCUCAUCAGAGUUAUUGACAUCCAGCAUACACAUUCUAACUGAAGUUAGAAUAGUUAUAAAAUGGUAUAUACAUCUACUUUUUAUUCAAACUGUGUAAAAAGGACCCAUUUUCUAGAGGCACCAUAUUCUGUAAGUCAAACAAGAAAGUAGUGCAUGUUUGUAAAUAGUCUUUUCUUCUGCCCUGCUUGUUGUUUGGCGGUGGAUACAAGACAAAAUGGACUCCGUUGAGAUGAAAGCGUGUGUACAAAAUGCUUCCUUUAGUUUUGUCUUUCAGUCCAUGUAGCUUUGACAAUGUUUUGUCUACAACAGGGGUGUCAAACUCAUUUUAAGUAACUGGCCACAUUAUACUUAGUCCAAAGCCAAGUGAAUACCACAUCAAUAACUCCUCCUAAAUGUAUGAGUUUAUCAGCAUUUCUCUGAAUGGUACAAUCUGAAUACAUUAUGAAACAUAUUUCGCAUACAAAAUAGAUAAACAGAUGGCAAUUCAUUACAAAACCCCACAUUUUCCAAAUGAUGGUUUUACCAUACUGUGCCUUGCAAAAGUAUUUAUUAUCCUUCAUAAAAUUUAUUUUUAGUCAACCUAAUAAUAUUGAAUUUGUUGGGAGGAGGGGGAUCAAUAUAGUGUUUUUUUUUUUUUUUUUUCUUUUACAAAGAAAAACUGUGAUUGUGUAAGUGUUCACCUUAAUUGCUAUGAAACUCCUAAAUGACUUUAUAUGGAAAGAGUCAUGGUUACUGUGUCAAAUUUUUAGCUUGCUAAUGAAGAAUUACAUAUCAUUAGCACAUUUUGACGGUAGCUAAAUUUAUGGCCCUGAGUUUAUCGCAGUAUUUUGCCCCCUAAUUAAAUAAAAAAAGACUAGGUCUUUUUUUUUUUUUUUUUUUUUUUUUUUUUUUUUAAACUGUCCACAGGAUGAUUUUAAAAUCCAUGUUUUAAGUAAAAUUCAUUUGUUGGGCCAUAUUAGGGUCAAACCCAGCUAUAUGUAUGACACCCCUGAUUAGCACAUUUUGACGGUAGCUAAAUUUAUGGCCCUGAGUUUACAAGGUACACUCUUGUACAAGGUACACUCUUCUCUUGGUACAUGACACCGUCUGCACCCUUAAGGUGAGACCCUAAGCCCAAAACAUAGUGUAUAUACCUAAUCAGAUUACAUAUUGUACAUGUUUUAGAUAUUGCACAGACAUUAUUUUGUAUACAUUUAUGGCAUUGCCAUAUUUGUAUCAGGCUAUGGGUUGAAAUGAAACACUGAGAGACUUUCUUUCCAUGCAGAACAGGAGUGUAUGUCCUAUAGGUCUUUCUAUAGGUGCCCAGGGCUUUUUUUUUUUUUUUCUUUUUUUUUGUCUGGCUUUCAUGAGUGUUUUAUUUGUUCACACUUGCAUCUACUGUAUUUAGGUAGUAGUAUUACACACUGUAACAUUUGGUCUCUCACAAUCAGGUGCAGAAAUAGUGUUCAGUUGAGACAAUGGCAGGUUCACUAUCAUCCAUGUAAACUCUGGUGUAAGAAUGAGGUUGGCAUAAAAAAAUAUGAAAAGAAAGGAAAUUUGUUCCUACACCACUCUUGUGGUUUUAGUUCAGUGCCACCUCAGUGAUGCUUGCCUGCAUCUCAGUAGUGUGUGAAACUCCCUGUGGGAGGCGUCCUGUUUACACGAACUUGCUGCCUGUAAAUAUGUCUGUUUAUGUGGUCAGACCCAGCUAUUUUCCUUGUUUCUCUUCCCCCCUGCCUGUUGGGGUCAGCUACAUGGUGCCUUGGCUGCAUGAGGGUUCCUCCACAAAUUUGGCUAUUCUUCUAACAUAGCGAAUGCUGUUUUUUUGGAAGUAAACACAGUGGAGGACUGCGUACAGAUAGGCCAAGAGAUGGGGAAAAAAACAAUGUUUAUGUACAGAAACACUGAAAAAUUUUGUAUAGAUUUUCCACUGAUUUAAUUUGCACUAAAUACAGAAAUGGCGAUCAAAAGAAAGUGGACGCCUUUUUUUCCUUUCCUAAAGGUUACCAACAAACGGAUCAUGUUCUGAUUCUUAUAUGAAUGCAAGACACUGAUGGUCUUUUUAUAAAAACGUCAGUCCUGGGAAACAUUUAUUCUCAGUAGCAAAUAAGUGUGAGAGACCUUGCAAGAGAUGUGUGUGUAUAUAUUGUCCAUAUGUGAGGCAUCUACUGCACAUAAGACUCAUUACAUUCAUUCAAGACAGCAAGAAAUCUCUUUAUACUUUCUGUCAUUCUCCUUGAUGCGUUACUAUACAUUGAGUCACAUGAAGGGAGGUUGUAGGCCAGCUAUAUUUUUCAGUUAAUCGAUUAUAUUCUAUAUACUUAUUUUUGCUGAAAGCUAUGAAAGCCAUAUUUUCCCUAGAUGGGACUUGGCAUCACCUUGUAAUAAGCCAGAGUGUGUCAAAAUGCUCACACUACAUGUACAAUAUUGUAGAGAAAUACAUUAUGAAAUAAUCAUAAACAUACAUUUCUGGGUAAAUUAUGUGGCUGUUUUAAUACAUCUUGAUGGUAUUUCAGUACUUAAAUUGUAAGCAUUUCUUCCAAGUUUGAUACACAGGGGUUUGGAGCUCACGGGCUCUCUGCUAUCUAAAGAAAGAUCCUUUGUGAAAGAUGUUAUGUUUUGUAACAACUGCUUAAUCAUACAAUGUAAUUUUCACUGAAUGCUGCUUCAUCUCCAUUGAAAGCAAUGUCCUAGUCUAGUAUUGAACCUUGAUAGUCUAGCUCAGGGCAUCAUUACUGAGAAAAAAAACAAACAAGUUCUUACUGAUAUUAGUAUUCCACUUAAAGUACAGUGAAAAUCCCAAUGUGCACGCUUGGCUCUUGAACAAUACACAGUAUAUACAGCAAAGUGUACAUUUUGAUCCAUGUGAAACAUGUAUGGACAUGUAACCUGGAUGUGUUUCCACCUUUAUGUCAAGCAUGAUAACUGUGAGCUUUUAUGUGCGAAUGCUGCAGCAGUCCUUCUUUGCAAAGGAUCGUUUUACCUCUGAAUAUUGCUGUGCCUUUGUUUUAAGCUAGCCUUGCCAACGAAUUGUAGAGCAUUUUGAAUUUUCCUUUUUUUUUUUUUUUUUUUUUCCUUUUCUGUUGAGAUGAGACUUCCUGUUGCUUUCUAUAUUUAUGCUGUAUUCUCCAUAUAUUCAUUGUCCAGUUUGGUAUUUAGUUUUAUGACUUUUUAUUUUUUCUUUUAAUUUAACAGUCAUACACAAGCUGUGAAAAAAAAAAAAAAAAAAACAUUCUGCACUUUAAAAUUCUGGCCAUGAAAAUUGAGAAUCCAAGGAGUCGAUUAUAUUUGAUUGCAGCUGGAAUAAAACUGCCGCUCCUUAACAAUUAA